CCAUGAGAAAAAAUAUAGUUAUCUUACUCUAACUUAUUGCACCAGUUCAGCAGUGCAGCUACAAAGAACAGAUCCAUAUGUUGCCGCUAAAAAGUUGCCGCUAACCUGUUAUUUUCUUCCUUAGUGUACAAGAUUAUACAUUUGUUGUUUGGGGAUCGUGAAUGAAAUGGCAACUACAGCUGUAGCAGCUGGAAUUGGCCUCGCUGUUGUGGGCUUUGCUGGUCGUUACCUGCUUAGGAGGAUGCCAAAUUUGUCACAGAAAAUGGCAGAAACAAUGAAGAAGCUAGAUUCCCAGUCACUAGCGAACAGCAGAUAUUAUAAGGGUGGUUUUGAGCCAAAAAUGACCAGAUGGGAAGCUAGUCUUAUUUUGGGAGUAUCGCCCACUGCUAGUAAAGCAAAAGUAAAGGAUCAAUUUAAAAAAGUAAUGUCUGUUAAUCAUCCAGAUCGUGGUGGCUCUCCAUAUAUAGCUGCCAAAAUUAAUGAAGCAAAGGAUAUGCUUGAAAAAUAAUAAUAGAAUAUUAUCUAGUUUAUUUGUAGCUUGUAUUUAUGUCAAUAUAUUUAGGAACAAAAUUUUAAUGUACAUAUUAAUCUUAUAUUUGAUCUAUUUAUAAUAAAUAAGCUAUAUAUUUUUAUAGCUAUACAUACAGAACUACACUGAUAAUACAUUAAUUUUAAUAUUCCAGAUUAAAGAUUUUAUUUUCCUACAUGUACGGAGAGACAAAGGUUUUGCAAACUGUAUAUUAAUCACAAUAAAAUAAUACGAGCAUAAUUGUUCUUUUAAAUAAUA